AGAAACAGAUGCCCUGCUCGGGAAGUUACGGACAAAACACGGAUAAAUCCUCCAAGUCGUCUUCUCCUCCAAUUUUCAAGAGGCGUGCUCAAGCGAAGGCACACUGCUCUCAUUCAGCGCUGGCACAGGCCAGACAUUUUUGAGGACAGACAUGUGCUCACCCAGACACAAGAUUUCUCCCUCUCUGAGUCUGUUCUUCUCUCAUUUCAACAACGAACUCUGCAGUCCCACCAAUAAGGAAACCUCCUCCUUCUCAGAUCGGGCCUCCUGAGGAAUGAGCUGCCAAUGAGUCACCUUCGAGGUCUUCAGUCAACUCUCCUUGGCCUGGGGGUCUUCUAGAGGGUUGGGCCUCCUUGCCAUUAUGAAAGGGUUGGGGACCAACCGCAACAGACACCUGUCUGAAUCCUGUGAUCCUUCCUCAGGCCAUCCAGAGGCCCUCUACCCUCAGAAGACCAGCACCCUGCCACGCAGCCCUUACCUGCUGAGCCCCACAAUGGACCACUAUGGCACCAUGGAACCCCAUCUCUACCCUUCAGCAAACCCAGGCUCCUUUCCACCAGACUGCAUGCUGCCCCUCAACAACCAGCUGUCCAACAGCAGCACCUUCCCCAGGAUUCACUACAACUCUUACGACCAGUCUGACUUCUCCCCACCUGGGGACAGUAUCGGGGGGAUAAGUACAGGGACCAUGGGGACAUCCAUGUCUAUGGGCAUGGGAACGGGCAUGGGCAUGGCAGGGUUGAGCGGACGAACACCUAUGAUUACGAGUGGCUCAGCAACUAUAUCACAUCAUAUGACCAAGAACCAAGCGCCACCCAGUCUGCUGGAGUUUGACAAGCAGCUACCUGGAGGCCGUGAUGGAUUCAGCACAUUGCAGUUCCAUCGAACUUCUGCUGUUGCUGCCGCCAAGCAGCGCACAGACAGUCCUGGUCGCAUUCGUUAUAUGCUGCACUCAGUACAGAAGCUCUUUGCAAAGUCCCAGUCACUGGAAAGCCACAACAUGAAAGGAAAUGUCAAUGGACGCUCUACUGGCAGUGGUGGAGGCUCGUCUGGCACAGAGGAUGGAGGGAAGCAGAAUCGCAGAUCCAAAAGUAAAGAUCGGGGUACAAAAUCAGAGGCGACUGCCAAGAGACGGCCACGCUCCAACAUGUCUGGUUACUGGAGCUCAGACGAUUUGGACAGCAGCGAUCUGAGCAGCUACCAUAACACCAUGGCCAUGAUGACUCUAGGGCGUCCAACUGGCCACGAGAGCCAGGGGGGCCAGAACAGAUACUUCCACAGUGGCUACAACACUAUCAGCUCCUCCAAAAGCAGCAAUGACAUGAAGUAUCAGGCACUCCCUGGGCCUGGGGUUGGAGGAGGUGGUGGUCUAGGUGGAACAGGAAGUAUAGUAAUGAAUGAUACUGACUAUAUGAAAGGAGGGUCCUGGUCCACAUUGACCAUGGGCCAGCCAAGACAGGUGAUCCAGAAGGGCUCAGCUACUCUGGACAGGUCCAUGCUCAAGUCCAAAUCCUGCCAACAGGAACUAACCUGCAACUACCUGCAGGUUGGACGAAGGGGGGAUUGGAGUAGCACGUUAGGCCGCAGCGGGGGUGCCAAUGAAAUCCCAUGUCGGCGGAUGCGCAGUGGUAGCUAUGUGAAGGCCAUGGGAGACAUGGAAGACAGCGAUGACUCGGAGGGAAGCCCCAAACCCUCUCCAAAAACUGCUGCUCGCCGCCAGAGCUACCUCAGGGCCACGCAGCAGUCUCUGAGCGACCAGCUACCCCAACGCAACAGAACCCUGGAUUACACCUUGUUGCAGGGGGAGCUGGAUGCCCUGUGGUCUCCACUCCACAGUGUGUCCUCUCUGCACCAGCUGGGCAGGUCAAUGAGCAGCUGUCUUCCAUCUCUCAGAGAGCUCUCCAAUAACCGCAGCCUGGACAACCUUGACUGCAUUGAGGGUACAGGCUUGUCUUUGCCACGCUGGGAAGAUGAUGACUUCAGCCAGGCCUGCAGCACAUUGGGCAGACGUAGCUGCAUGGGACAGCUGCGGGACCUGGAAAUGAGUCAUCAUUAUGAGGACCACAGCUCCGAUUUCACAUUCAGAGAUUCCCGUUCCCAUUCUCAGGACAACCCAGAGCCUCCAGACUUGCCCAUGCCAACAUGUUUCCGAUCCCGCAGCCACAGCUACCUGAGAGCCAUCCAGGCUGGCUGUUCCCAAGAUGACGACACAGCGUCCAUAGACUCAGGCUGCUCGCCACCUCCGACUGAUACCACUGUUCGCACCUACAGCACCAGCACUGACAACCUCUCUACCCAAUGGAAGACAUGGAAAGAACAGUUUGGCUCUUACCUGAUAGCCACAGGCUUGGACAAAGCCCCAAAGGAGAAACAACUUGCAAUUUUUCAACAGCGUUUUGGGACAGACAGACCAUGCAUCCUACCCUCACACACAGUCUCUACAUGCAUAACUGCCUGUAAGAAGACUGCUCCUCCACCAGUGCCACCCCGUACAACUUCCAAGCCCUACAUCUCUGUGACAGUACAGAGCAGCACAGAGUCAGCCCAGGACAACUACCUGGAUCAGCAGGACCGGAGGUCAGAGGUCAACAGCCAGUCUAGCCACGCUCACAGCAACUCCUCUGACAGCCUUGAUAGCACCCGUGCCAACAGCCUGGCCCGGGGUAUUCCCCGCCCACCGCAUAUUAUCCCCACUCCUAUUGCCACCCCGAGAGAGCCAGUUGCCCCCACCACCGCCAAUGCUUCCACUGAGACAAGUGACUCAGUAUUCCAGCAUGAAUCCCUGAAAUCAGGAUUAAAUAAAGGGAAUCUAUUGGCAGAGGAGCCCCUAGUGGCCCCAGUACCCAGGAGGAAACUGUCCUCCAUUGGCAUACAGGUUGACUGUAUUCAGGAAGUUCCACGAGAGGAGACCCCGCCACUGGCCAAAUUCCAAUCAAUCGGAGUACAGGUGGAGGACGGGUGGCAGCUUAGUCGCUCCAGUAGUAUGGCCUCAAAACAAGAAACCGACUCAGACACACAGGACAUCCCUGUCAUCUCCCAUGUUAAUAAUACCAAACCCACUGAUAAGAAAGUCAUGGUCAAUAGUGCCAGCCAAUCCAUGAGCUCCCCUCCCGGACAGGACUCUUUAGAUAACGGAGACACUACUGGUGACACCACUUCACCUCCACCGCCCAGGCAGAUCCUCAAGCGCUCCACCACACGAAGUAGCUCUUCCUCGUUCUCAGAAAGUCUGGACCCAGCGCUGGACCCCUCGUCUUUACCACCUCCAGACCCCUGGCUGGAGAGUGGGAAUGGCAGUAACAGCAGCGUACCCCAGAGCAGAGGAGGGGGAACACUGUGUCGGAGAGAUGGCCACUGGUUUCUGAAGUUGCUGCAGGCAGAGACAGGACGCAUGGAAGGCUGGUGUAAGCAGAUGGAGCAGGAGACCAAAGACAACCAGCUGUCAGAGGAGGUGCUGGGAAAGGUUCGCAGUGCAGUAGGAAGUGCCCAGCUCCUAAUGUCCCAGAAGUUCCAGCAGUUCCGGGGACUGUGUGAACAAAACUUGAAUGUAAAUGCCAAUCCGCGACCCACAGCCCAGGACUUGGCUGGUUUCUGGGACCUGCUGCAGCUCUCCAUCGAGGACAUCAGCCUCAAGUUCGAUGAGCUCUACCAUCUCAAGUCCAAUGACUGGCAGCCCGUGCCAUCUGCGGCUGCCCAGUCGCCCCCUGAGCGGAAGGACGAGGAGAAGGUGGCCCCUCCAGCUUCAAAGAAGCCCGGUAAGGGACGGCCAUCGCUGGGCCGUGAGAAGAGUGCAGACUCUUCAUCCACCUCUUCUACGGCCUCGGUAGAGAAGCAGAGACAGGAGGCUCGCAAGCGUCUGCUGGCUGCUAAGAAGGCUGCCUCGUUUCGCCAGAACUCUGCCACAGAGAGCGCAGACAGCAUCGAAAUCUACGUCCCCGAGGCCCAGACUCGUCUCUGAGAGACAGCGACAAAGAAGGAUGUAGGGUCGGAUCAAAGGAUAGAUAAGUGUCACUGAAAUACCUGGGAAAAAAGUAGAGGAGAACUUUUGCAAUGCAAAUGAGCUACUCAGAGUAAAGAUAGAUGGAGGUGGGGGGAGGAGAGAUCAAAUUCCCAGAGAUGGGGGUGGGGGUCAGUUUGGGCAUUUUUGACACAUUCAUACAGUUAUAGGCUGGUCCUGGUGGCAUCAAACACUUACUAAACGAAACAGAAAAUCAGAGAUUGAACUCAUGGACUUGACAGACUAUGAAGCAGGAGACUCGUCAUUUGAGGCUGCCAAUGAAAACCUCAGUGGAUGAACUUUGUCAUUUCUUGUUGCUACUCUUGAUAUCAUAAAACUGUUAAUGAAGGUAUUGUUAUUAUGACCAUUAUAUCCUAAAGAAUCUAUAUGACGACUGUUUUAAACGUUCCUCUAUCUUGACUAUAAGAUCUAUUAAGUGGACAGAAGACGAGCAUUAAUGCUCUUCUGUCUCCCAUCAUUGUCCUCUCUUCCCAGAUCAUUGGCCAUCUUGUAGCUUUGCACAACACCGCCUUGUGGCCAUCACACACACUGCACACACCACAUCCACUGCACUUACACUCUACAAGCCUAUGUAUGUCUUCCUUGUAUUUAUUUGUUUACUUUAUUCAUCUUUUGUUUUGUAUAAAAAUCCAUUUAGAUCAGGUUAUUAAAAAUAUUUUUGGUAUGAUGAAAUUGAAAGUCAGGUUUGAGGGGUUAUUUAUGUAGUUCCUAGCAAUUAAAUUGUAUGUUCUUCAAAAAGUUUUUUUUAUGUCAAAAGAUUUUAAACACUAAUGAAAAAAUAUAAAGUUUAGUUUCUUAAUGGUUUUGAAUGAAAGCACAUCCCAAUAUUAACAGUGACCGAGCAUGAGGAUCUCAGUUUCAGUCAGAAUGACAGUGGCCAAGUAUUACUGAAUAUUAUCUCAUUUUGUAGGAAAAUAUAAUUUUUAGUUUCUUUUGCUUCUCUCUGAUCCAUUGACUUCAUGUUUGUGCUGUAACUGCAGAUGUGUGAAUAUUUCAGUCUGUUUGAGGUUUCUAUAAGUACUUUUAUUAACCUCACUUAGUUUUCAACUCAUACAUCUCAAAGGAAACUAGGGCUUUUACUGAGGUAAUGCAGCAGGCUGAGUAUGCAGGAUGAUAUCGUGUUAUUGUUUGUGGGGGGACACAUUAGGACAUGUCUUGCUGUUAUUUUUAUAUUUUGUUUCCAGAAGCGUUGAUGAAUUAUUUUGCCUCCAUCACUCAACAAAAUCAAUCUUAGUCCUUUGCUACCAUUAUUGUUAUUCCCAUCAUCCAAAGUAUCUGCACUUUUUUAUUCAGAGAAAAAAUAUUCAAUUAAAGCAUUACACACAUUA